AUGGCUUGGAGAGAUGGCUGGAGCUCUGCGGGCCCUGGCGCUCAGGUCGCUCAGGUCCGGUCCCCUGCGCCCUCAGUAACUAUCCUGCAGUCUCUUCCACUGGCUUGGGUACCUCCUCACCAGCCAGGACACAUGAAGGAAGACCUACAGGAGCUGAUGAUGCUGCAGAAUAUUCAGAUGCACCAGCUGCUCAUGAGCCGUCUAGCAAUGAGUACCCUUGACUCCAAGCUCCUUACUUCCCAGGUCUACCUGCUGAACCUGGAGGAGGAAGAGGAAGAGGAAGAAGAGGAGGAGAUGCUUGUGUUUCACCACCAUUACCUGCCUUGGUCAGCCCCAGCCCCAGUCCCCCUGCUUCCCUGUCCAGUGCUAGAUCCACAUCAGUCAUGGCUCCCAGAGAUUUCAGAGAUUCGGAAUCUUCCUCAAGACUCACAGAUCACUUCAUCUGCCAGAAGAGGAAUACCCCCACCUCCACCACCCAGUGCCACGGGGACAGUGGGUGCUGAUGUGCCACCUGCUUCAGGUAGGUCUCUAUCCCAGCCACUCUUCAAUCCUCCCCAGGUGGCAAGGUUGGGAAGAGGCAGGCCUGGGACCAAGAAUGGGUAGGAAAAAAAUCUGACUUUAAGCUUCAGGGGAAGUGUUUGUAUUCUACCAAACAAUCUUCUGUACUCAACAUGGUUGUGUCUUUUUAUUCCCUUUUCUUUUUUUUUAAACCCUUAACUUCUGUGUAUUGGCUCCUAGGUGGAAGAGUGGU